GAGCUCCCAAAGUGCCCUGCAAACAUGGCACAUGGCAGAAAGCCAACCUGAGUCACAGAUAGGAUGGAGAGAACCCAAAUUACUUGAUUCUACACGAUGUGUAAAGCUUUAUGCUGAAACCUCUGCACUCUCAAAAUGUCCAGACCAGUGACUAUAUCCUGAAGAUAGCACAGCAUGAUUACUGGAGUAAGACCUUUUCCAAGGUGCACCUAAGUCUGUGGCCAGGGAUUUCACAGGGCCACUUGGCAGAGUGAGGAAUGGCUCGGCAUGCCACUUCUUUUCAGGAUCUGCAGCCACCCAGCACCCUGCAAAGAGAAAUGCGUUCACCGCUAUGCUCCUUUACCCCAUCCACUGUCUGGCCAACCCACCAAGGACAAUACCGGUGCUUCGACACAAUGGUCUUGCUGGUAUUUGUGUGGGCUCAGAGCAUCGCUACAGGGCCUGGAAAGAGGUUGUUUGAGUUACUUACAUCUUGGACCUGCUUCUCAAGAGACAAGCAUUAAGGUGCAGACUAUGCCCGAGUUCCGCUUUCCCAGGCAUGCUAAGGUGAAGGCCAACAUUGGGUCAGUCCAUUUGUGGGCAGGCAUACCCACACUGAGAUACUUGUGCCCACCUGCUGCUGUAGGAGCAGUGUGGAGGCUGACUCCUGCCAGCUGUGCUAUCCAGAAAAUGAUGCGGGGUUCUGAGGGACAAGUUGACCAUGAGUCAAAUAUGUUCUCUUGCAGAGAUGACAGACAGCACACACAGGGCCAAACUAAUGUACUGACAGCUGACAGGGUGAAGGAAAUUAUUCUUUUCCUCUUUCUGGUGUUUGUUAAUCCCCAUCUGGGCACUACUUGGGGUCCUCAGAAGUAAACAGUGGCAGACCAAAGCAAGCCUGAUAGAGGACACCAAGAUGAUGAUCUGGAGCACAAGACAUAAGAGGAAGGGCUGAGAGAAUUGGGUUUGUGCAUCUAGGAGAAGGGAAGGUGAACAGUGAGAUUAUUGCUGACUGCAGCUACUUAAUGGGAGGGUGUGGACAAGACAGAGCCAGAUUCUCACUGGGGAUGCACAAGCAAAGAACAGAAGACAACAGCACAAGCUGCUGCUUAUCUUCAGCGUGAGUGUGGCCAGACACUGGAACAAGGGUCUGAAGAGGCUGUAGGAUCUCCGUCCAUGGAGGUACUUGAAGAUAGACUGGACUAACCCCAAAGCAACCCAGAUUUAACCUUGAAGUAAGUUCUGCUUUGAGCAGCAGGCUGGACCAGACCCCUCCAGAAUCUCCCUCCAACAUGAAUUAUCCCAUGACGCUACACUCAGACCUGUUGGGUGGCAUCCCUGGCUGCACGCCUUCAUUUCAGGAUAACAAGCCGCAGUUGUCAGGGAGGUUGCCAGGGAAGCUGACAUCAGACAUCCCUUCCCUAUAGAUUAUUGUGCACAGCAGCACCAUAAGUUCCUAAUCUGCAAAUGAGGUGGGAGGGCACCCAGAGGAAGCCCUUAAGGGUGUUUUGCGUCACUGGCGUGGGUUGCCUAGCACCGCUGGAACUGAAGAGGGGCAACAGCUCCAGAGGCUUGGAGGCUUUUUUACCCCUGUUUGUCCUCUUUGAGAGGCAAACGUUGCAGAGGACAUAACAGAGGAGCAGCUGAGGUGAUGGCAGCAGGGGCAGGGAUGCUUGAACUGCCCUUCAUCCGUGAUGAGCAGCUCACCCGGUGCAUGCGACUGCGAUUCCAGAGCCUGCAGCAAAAAAAAUUGAGGCCCCAGGAUGGCGAGAAGCUGCUGCAUCCCAAUGAGCACAUCUACCGAGUGGAUUUCAUCCAGCAGCACAACCUGCGCUUCCUCCGCUGGAGCAUCCAGCUGGAAAGACCUGGGAAGGUCACAGUGACUGGCACCUCCCAGCACUGGACUCCUGAUCUCACCAACCUUAUGAACCGGCAGCUGCUGGAGCCUGUGGGUAUCUUCUGGAAGAAGCCAGGGGCCAAGGAGGUGGAAUGCAAUGAGGCAGAUGCCCAGGAAUUUGGGGAGCGAAUAGCGGAGUUAGCCCAGAUCCGCAAGGUGAUGUAUUUCCUCCUCACUUUCGCCGAUGGCCUUGAACCAGCUCAGCUGAAGGGGUCCGUCAUUUUCAAAGCCUGAUCCCCCUUGCUCAGCCCUUCUUGCUCCAGCUGUGCUUUUGGAUUUGUUUUUCUUUCUCUCAAUUCAACUCUUGGUUCAGCUUUUAUGUGGUUCUUCAUUGAGGGAUGGCAUCACGAGAAAGUGGAGGACAGCUCGGUGCUUCUGGAGCCCUCAGCCCCGUGAAACAUUUCCCACGCCUACCGUCCUCUGAAUCACGGGGAGGAGAGGGGAUGGACCAUGAACUUGCUGCUGUGUUUGCCUACGAUAUAAGACUGCACGCUUAUGAAUUCAGCAGGGGAUCACCAGGUCUGACUGGUGCGGACUCUUGCUGGCUUGGAAAUAUGAGGCUGUCCUGAGCCCUCUGACCGUGGCAUCUGCAUACCAAAGAAUAAGAAAUCAAUACACUGGAAACAGGGGAUGGAACCUGGAGAGAGUCCUGGCUUCCACUUUUGAUCCUUGUCAUCAAAAAGAGAGGGAUUGUUUGCGAUGGAGUGCUUCUCUUCUCAAGCAAGAUAGUGCUUGCAGGCUGCAGUGAAUCUCGCUGUGACUGGGGAUACUUUGGCAUCUCUGAAGACCAGUCCCGUGGAGACCUUGCUGUGAAGCUGGAGUACAUUUGGACAUGCCGUAUUCUGCAGAUUGCAAAUCCACUGGACAAACUUGUGCAGGGAGGCUGGGCCACUCUUUUCCUGACAGCCGACACUAUUUCUUGUUCGGGGGUCACGGUGGGGUGGUGUACUUCAGCAUGUUGCUCACCUGGAGAUUGUUGGUCCUGAGAUGGGUUGGAGCAGGUGUGCGUGUGUGGGCAAAUGAGCCAGCAGCUUGGAGCAAACUGUAGGUCUGAGAUAGCAGUGAGUCCCCUGCAACAAAAACAAUUUAUGCAUCAUUGUGGCCUUAAAGCACCCAUGAAUAUAUUUAUUCUAAAGCAUCUGUGGAGAGCUGUGAGACUGCACAGCACUUUGCAGACCACAGAGCAGGAACUGCUGCUGCUGUCCUGCAAAAGCAGUAUGUCCUAUCCCCUGCAAAUGCUCAGACUGGGAGUGGUGUUUGGCUGGCCAUGGGAGCAGAGAGAGGAGACAGUACCUUUGUAACUUUCAGAGAGGAGGGUGUCUCGUGCCUGGUUUGUCCCAUCACUGUGAAUGAAUUACUAACUUUGAAAUUUUCUUCUUCCUCCACCAGAAAGGGGAGGGUACUUUGAUGAACCUUCUUCAGACUCAUAGAUAGAAAUACCCUUCGAAGGAUUUAAGUAUUACUGCAAUUGGUCCUUGGCUAAGAUUGCACCCAGAUGUGGGUGAGCACUCCACAAGGAAUCUCCACUGAGAUUUUCAUGAAAUGUAUAAGGAGAAGGCAGUGAUGGGAAAGCUGGACAAAGUGGCUUUGUACCCAUGGCCUGUUGACUUGUGUACACCUUCCCAAAAGGGUCCAGUCUCAUCUUCAAAGCUUCUAAAGACACGGACUGCAUGCCCUCCUCAGCCCAAUAAUGAGUAUAAAAUGAUUUGCACAAGCUAUAACAGGCAGAGAGAGGAAGGCAAGCAGUAAGAUCAGCUACUGGCUGGAGAGAUGGAGGUUUGAGUCUUGCCCACAAUCAAGGCUUAGCAAACACAGAAUCAUACAGCCAUGCCUGCGCAGUGCUGGAGAAGUUGACGUCUUUCUUUAGACCCCAAGAAUUCUGGACUCAAUGAAGAGAGACAAAAGUGAAUCUAUCCCUGUUUGACCACAACAUGGACUCGUUGUGGGUCAAACUCAGUUCUAGGGUCUCAGCAGAUUUUCACAUAGGAGACCCCUCCUUGUACAUCCCAGAGCAGGGCUCCUGACUACAAGCCACAUUAGACCCAAUAGCAGGAGCCACUUCCAGCUUCAAAUGAGGUUUUUGUAUGCCAGGUCUCAUCAUAUGCCAUUGCUACGUUUCUGGUUGCUGAAGUUCUUGCUGCAGGUACCUCACUUGUUAUUGAUGUACCACAGUAAAUAAAAGCUUAAUCUACAGGGUUCCCCUUAAGGACUGAGGCUGUGCCUGUCUUCUUCAUGCCUUUUUUGAAAGCUGCCCCAAUCCCGCACACAAUAAAGCAAC